GCUUCAAAACAAAAGUCGAGCUGAAGCAUUUUUCUUUGUUUUUCCUGCAGCGUAUUUGCUUGUUUGUGGUUCAGACUUUUUACGCGUCGAGAUGGCUGAGAACAGAUGCAAAACGGCCGAUCAAAUGAAGAUGUGGAAGGAGGCCAGAAGUUCACAGAAGCCAGAUACAUUGACCACAGCUGCAGGGAUUCCCAUUGGAGACAAGCUGAACCUGGAGACUGCAGGACCAAGGGGACCUCUUCUGGCCCAAGAUGUGGUCUUCACAGAUGAGAUGGCCCACUUUGACCGGGAAAGAAUCCCAGAGCGAGUCGUGCAUGCCAAAGGGGCAGGGGCUUUUGGCUACUUUGAGGUGACUCAUGACAUUACUCGUUACUGCAAGGCCAAGAUCUUUGAGCAUGUUGGAAAAGUUACACCCAUCGCUGUCCGCUUCUCCACUGUGGCUGGAGAAUCUGGAUCAGCAGACACUGUGCGAGACCCGCGAGGCUUUGCAGUCAAGAUGUACACUGAAGAAGGCAACUGGGACCUAACGGGCAACAAUACCCCCAUUUUCUUCAUCAAGGAUGCCAUGUUGUUCCCGUCCUUCAUCCACUCACAGAAGCGCAAUCCUCAAACCCACAUGAAGGAUCCUGAUAUGUUCUGGGACUUCAUGAGUCUGAGGCCUGAAACUCUUCAUCAGGUGACGUUUCUGUUCAGCGAUCGAGGGCUGCCCGAUGGCUUUCGUCACAUGAAUGGUUACGGCUCUCACACCUUUAAACUGAUCAAUGCUGACGAUGAACCAGUCUACUGCAAGUUCCACUACAAGACUGAUCAAGGGAUAAAGAACCUGUCAGUGGAGGACGCAGCACACCUGGCUUCCACUAACCCUGAUUACGCCAUUGGAGACCUGUUCAAUGCCAUUGCCGAUGGUAACUACCCAUCGUGGACCUUUUACAUACAGGUCAUGACCUUUGAGCAGGCUGAGAAGUUCCCAUUCAACCCCUUUGAUCUUACCAAGGUUUGGCCGCAUAAAGAUUAUCCUCUGAUCCCUGUGGGAAAAAUGGUGCUGAACAGGAACCCAGUCAACUACUUUGUUGAAGUGGAGCAGAUGGCCUUUGACCCCAGUAAUAUGCCGGCAGGCAUCGAGCCCAGCCCCGAUAAGAUGCUGCAGGGUCGGCUCUUUGCCUACCCAGACACCCAUCGUCACCGCCUGGGUGCAAACUACCUGCACAUCCCUGUCAAUUGCCCCUACAGGGCUCGUGUUGCUAACUACCAGCGUGAUGGACCAAUGUGUGUGUCUGACAACCAAGCUGGGGCUCCAAACUAUUACCCUAACAGCUUCAGUGCUCCUGAAACCCAGACUUGCUUCAUGGAGUCGAAGUUCAAGGUGUCUCCAGAUGUGGCACGUUACAACACUGAAAACGAGGAUAAUGUCACUCAGGUUCAUAACUUCUACACAAAUGUGCUGAAUGAGGAGCAGCGAGUGAGGCUUUGUAUGAACAUGGCAAUGUCCUUGAAAGAAGCUCAGCCCUUCAUCCAGAAUCGCAUGGUGGAGCACUUGAAAGCCGUCCAUCCAGACUACGGAAACACGGUUCAAAACUUUCUGAACAAGUACAAUGCUGAGGCCAAGAAGAAUGCAUCCGUACGUGUGUACAGCCGUCCAGGGGCCUCAGCCUUCGACGCCUCCUCCAAGAUGUGAUGCCUUAAAUUUCCCCAGACAAAGUGCACAUUUAUCAGAAAGCAAAAGUUUAACCACCAGCUGCUUCUGCAAGAAACAAAAGUUUGUUUAACCUGCUGGCUGCCAUACGUAACGGGGAAGUAUAAUCUUUGAGAUGUCGUUAGUUCAUUUCAGAAAAAAAAAUCUAAUAAAAGUGGAUUUACUUCAAUCAUCAUAACUACAAACAUUUCAUUAAAAUAAACUCAGAUUAAGAAAAGUAAUGUAUGCCACUGCAGUUUGUAAGAAAUGUUUAAAUAUAUGAAGAUGAUGAUCCAUUUAAACACUACACCGUACCAAUCUGAACAGUGGACUUAUCCAGGAUUUUCAAGUUUUUGGAAAAGCACAUUUUCAUACGUUAUUUCCUAAAAUGUCCGUUUAAGCCUUGUGAUGUCGUCACGUAUGGCCUUGACAAUGAUGUGAGUAUU